CUUGGUGUCGACAAGCCGAUCAGACUAUAGCACGACUUAUCUCUUAUCAGUGAAAUCGAAAAUGUAUAACCCAAGUGUUUUUAUAGCCAUUGUGGCUGUAGUAUCGCUUUUUAUAUCUGCGGGGGUAUCCGAGAUGAUAACCUCCGUUCAGUUGCAAGAGGAAUUCAAGACUACGGCGGACAUACUAGCAUCUGUUGAUAAACUUUUGCUCGACUUGGAGGCCCGCCGGGAGUCACUGCAGCAGACGAGAGAGGCAAUUACCCAGGGCGAUGAGGGUAUCUAUCCUACCUCAUGCCUGAUUAGGAAUCAUCACAACACGAGCGUUAUUGUUCAGGUGCCGGGACACCAGGCUUUCCCGGCUCUCUGUGACUCCGAGUUGGCCGGCCAAGGCUGGUUGGUCAUUCAGAGGCGACGCGAUGGUCUGGUCAAUUUCUACCGCGACUGGAGUGAUUACAAAAAAGGAUUUGGCAACUUAAACGGGGAUUUCUUCAUCGGUCUCGAAAAAUUGCAUUUGCUGACGACAUUCCAGCCUUUCGAACUUUAUGUUCAUUUGGAAAACCAGGCCGGAGUGGAAAAGUUCGCCAAAUAUGAUGAGUUUGCCAUUGGCAAUGAGUCGGAAAACUACCAUCUGAAGAUACUGGGUAGUCACUCGGGCACCGCCGGCGACUCGUUAAUCUACCACAAGGGCGAGGCCUUCUCCACAUUCGAUCGGGAUAACGAUGCCCACAGGAAAAGAAAUUGCGCCCAAUACUGUCUAGGGGCUUGGUGGUUCAAAUCUUGCCAUCAGAGCAAUCUAAAUGCUCAAUAUUUGGACUUCAAAAAUGGAAAGGAUGUUCUGGAAACGCCCCCGGAAAAUUUCCGGUACAUGUCCUGGAGUUCAUUUGAUUCGAGUUCAAAUGCAAGACUGAAAUUCGUUCAAAUGAUGAUUCGUCCAAGGUUCGGAUGUCUCUAAAAUUACCAAUUCAUAUGAACUACAGGUAAAAAUAUUUGAAUAGCAUAGAGUAAUAUUAUUCAAUAUAAAAUGUACAUCGUAAUUCUGCAGAUUAUUACUUUCUCAGUAUAGAAAUUAGAUUUUAUAUAUUCUCGAUAUCGAUAUGGUUAAAAUAAAUUUA